AACAACGCCUCGCUACCACGUAAAGAAAGACAACGAAUAAUGUGCACUUUUUAUUGCUCAAGUUCAAUAUAAGCAAUGGUUGACACAUUUGUAUGUUUUAUAUAUAAUUGAUUUUAAUGUUGGGACAUAAAUAUAUCUGUUAUUAUAUAGUGUAUGAAACAAGAUGCAACUUAACACGAUAUAAAAAUGUGGGUUCGCCUUAAGAAUUUCAUGACAAUUCUACCAACAAAACGAACCAAACCAAACUGUCAAGUCAAAGUCACGGGAUUUUAUCACUGAUAAAAAUGUAAACAAUUUAUUUAAAAGUAGGUACAUAGUUUUUUUACAUUAUUUUUAAAAAUAAAUUAACGGGUGAUGGUGAUUCUCAUAAACAUUUUGUGGGACAGAGACUAUGUCGUACAACUAAGAGGAAUUCAGCGCAUAAAAAAGAGUAUUUCAGUGUAAAAAGUGUUUUCGCAUAAAAAUUGAAAAUGAUUGGAAUAGAAUGUUUACCAUUGGAAACAUUUGUAGAGAUACUAAAGAAAACUGAUGGUAUUACAGUGGGUAGAUGUCGUAGAGUUUGUAAAAGUUGGAAAGAGUUUAUCGAUAGCACUGAUUUGUUGUGGUACGAAAUUUGCCGAAACGAGUUCAGAUACUCAUCGAAAAUAGCAAAGAAAAAGUCUGGUAACGAAUGCAGCUGGUAUCACAUUUACAGAAACCUUAAACUAUGGGAGAAUGUUACUUCUUACGAUAGAGAUAUACGUGAGUUUUACAAGUUUUCUUUGCAUGACAAAAGUCAUGCUUUAGAGAUAGAUUAUAGUAUUUUACCUUUGAAAGACCAAAGAGGCAUUGUCUUGUAUGACAUACAAACUCUUAAAUAUAUUCCUGUAGCUGUGCCAGAAAAGAACUGCUUAAAAAUUGCAAAUAAUAACUAUGUUACUGUACUUUUACUUAAAACGGGCCUACUUAUUCAGAGAACUGUAGAAAAUAGAGCAUUUAUGAGUGAAGCAUUUUUCAAAGCUGAUGAUUUUAUAUUAACAAGUGAUAUUUUAUACUUCUACAACAACAGGCAGGUCUUUAAAUGCGAUUUGGCAGAACAAAAUCUAUCACCUAAGCUUAUGAUAGCUUCAGAAUAUGAUAUUAAAACCAUACAGCUUGAUAACAAAAUAUUAAAUAUAUUUACGGAUUGUGGAAAAAUUGUGAACAUAAAAAGAGAUGGUAGUGUUGAGGUAAAGUCGAUCAACUGCCCUGUAGAAUGGAUUAAACAAAUAAAAUAUAUAUGUCCAAUCAACGAUAGAAACUUUGUUUGUUACUCACGCAAUUUGUUCAAAAUAGAAACUGAUAAAUACCAACACCUAUAUUUAGAUUUUCCUCCAAUAACCGCAUUGUUCUUCUAUGCGGAUAUUGUUUUGAUAGGAACAAAAGAAGGUGAAAUUUUGCUGUAUCGUCUAUCUAGUCAAAAAAGGGCAACAAAACCAAUAUUUGAGACAUUGGCGAAGCUGCCAGAGGGGAAAUUCACUGUGCAACUUGAUGUUUGUGAAACAAAAUCGGGUCCCUUGGUAGUAGCAUCAACAUUUUUUGAGAUCUAUCUGGUGGUUAUCAAUUUCUUUCCCCAUGAAAAUACAGUCAAAGUUUCAUAUCCAAAGAACAAGCUGAUGAUGUACAAAAGAUUUUUACGGCUUCGGGAUAGAUUGCGAUCGAGUUGAAGUUAACAUGUACAGCAACACACAAAAUAGUAUAAUAUAAACUAUUUAUUGCAAUCAAAUUUGAAUGUAAUUGUAACAUAAUAUAGGUAGGUAUAUUUUAUAUUUAGUUCAAUUUGUUCUAGACGAAUUUGUUAAUGUUA